AUGCAGUGUGGUAUACUGGUGUGUAUCUUGCUGAUCUGCACUGAGGGAGCCAAGGGCCAGAAGAAGCAAAGGAGCAGACAGAAGACAGAUAGCCCUGGCAUUCUAAACGAAGGAAAAACUCUUACUUGCCCAGUGGAGCUGUUCUUCCUCAUGGACAGUUCUGAGAGGACCAAGGCUCUGCUGUUUGAGAAGCAGUGCACUUUAGUGCAGCGUUUCAGUGCACAGCUGAUGCGUCUGCAGGCGCCCGGCUGGGAUCUGCGUCUGCGACUCGCUUUGCUGCAGUACAGCAGCACCGUCUCCCUGGAGCAUACUUUCCGCCAGUGGCAGGGUGUGGACAUCUUCCAGAGCCUCGUGGCCUCUCUGGCCCACAUUGGGCAUGGCACCUACUCGGCCUAUGCUCUCUCCAAUGCCACGCGUGUCUUUGCCCAGGAGACGUCGGGCAACAGCCUGAGGGUGGCGCUGCUGUUCACUGAAGGGAUGGACCACCCACGUAGCCCAAGCGCACUGGUUGCUGCCGCCGAAGCCAAAAACCAUGACAUCCGAGUGUUUGCCAUCAGCCUGCUGCCUGCGACACGGGAGAGUCACACCAGACUGAGGUCCAUCGCCAGUGCCCCACCCGAGCAGCACAUGUUUAGUUUCACGGACCCCCUGCUGGAGGAAAAGCUCUUUAAUGAGCUGGGUGCGGUUGUUGAUUCAAGGUGUCCACCACCAAAAUUAUGUGUCUGUAAUAAAGGAGAGCAAGGUCUUCCAGGAAACCCAGGUAGAGCAGGCAACCCUGGGGCAGUGGGUCCUCCUGGAUUAAAAGGAGCCAGAGGGGAGCACGGUUUGAAUGGCCAUCCUGGAAGAAAGGGUCUUGAGGGAAGCCCAGGAGUAAGAGGAGAAAAGGGGGGGACAGGAGAGUGUGGUGCCCCUGGGAUGAAGGGAAAUCAGGGAACCCAUGGACCACCAGGACCUCAUGGACCACCUGGAGAGCAGGGUCACAUUGGAGCCCAUGGAGACCUUGGAUCAGAGGGCCCUUCUGGAUCUAAGGGGGAGCGUGGACCAGCUGGAGCGACUGGACCUCCAGGAGAUGCAGGACUUGGAUUGUUUGGCCCAAAGGGAGACAGAGGAUACCAAGGCAGAUCUGGACCAAAUGGCCCUGUAGGUAUAGGAAAGCCAGGACUACCUGGCUCACCAGGUCACCCAGGUGUGCAAGGCAACCAAGGUUUUCCAGGUGAGGGUUUACCUGGACCCAAGGGGGACAGAGGUUAUGAGGGCCCUAAGGGUGUAUGUGGUCCUCCAGGGCUGGGUGUUCAGGGGGAGAAGGGAAACACAGGGGCUCCAGGCCUGCCAGGGUCGAUAGGAUAUCCUGGGGCUGGGACACAGGGGGAAAAGGGUGACCACGGAGCACCUGGACCACAAGGGAAUAGUGGAACUCUAGGGUUGGGCAUCGAAGGAUCAAAGGGGGAUCAGGGCUUUCCUGGUGAACAGGGACCACAAGGAGAGAGAGGGAUUGGACAGCCUGGCACAAAAGGUGAGCCAGGACCAGAUGGCGCUCCAGGUAUUCCUGGCAUCCCAGGAGAGGAUGGAGCUGUUGGGCCAAAGGGUGAGAUGGGGUCACCUGGAUUACAAGGUCCUGAUGGUGUACCAGGAAAAGGAACUCCAGGAGAAAAGGGUGAUCGAGGUGACCGUGGGACUCGGGGACUACCAGGAGCCCCUGGAGAAGUAGGGCCACCAGGGGCAAAGGGAGAACCUGGUAUUCUCGGGAGGCUGGGGAUUCCCGGUCUUCCAGGUCAGGGAUUGCCUGGUUCAAAGGGUGACCCAGGACCCAGGGGUCCCCAAGGUCCUGUUGGAGAUCCUGGAGCAGGGAUCACAGGGCCAAUGGGUGACAGAGGACCCCCUGGGCCGUUUGGACCACAAGGGAUAAAGGGAGAUGGCUAUCCUGGGCCUCAGGGACUUCCAGGGUUGCCAGGAGCAGAAGGGGAUAUGGGGUCAGAAGGAAUAGGCAUACCUGGGCCUAAGGGUGACCAAGGUUUACCAGGGGCUUCUGGGCCAUCUGGACCAUCCGGAACAGGACUUAUGGGACCAAAGGGAGCUACUGGUCAGUCAGGUGCUCCUGGGCUACCAGGCUUACCUGGGGAGGGAAUUGAUGGGCCUAAGGGGGAGCCUGGAUCUCAAGGGUCACCAGGAUUCAGAGGUGCACCAGGUGAAGGGAUGCCCGGAGAAAAGGGUGUCAGAGGUCUGACAGGUGAACAUGGGAGAAAAGGAGACCAAGGGGACUCUGGAGCCACUGGGGAAACAGGACCAGCGGGAACACCUGGAGAGAAAGGAGAUCCUGGCCUUUCUAGAGAAGACGUGAUCAAAAUAAUCAGGGAAAUCUGCGGCUGUGGUCUAAAGUGCAGAGACAGUCCUCUUGAGCUGAUCUUUGUGAUUGACAGCUCAAAGGACAUGGGCCCUGAGAACUUUGAGGUUGUAAAGGACUUUGUAAACGCACUGGUGGACCGCGUGUCUGUGAGCCAAAAGGCCACUCGCAUAGGGGUGGUUCUGUAUAGCCAUAUAUCUGUGGUGGUCGCCAGCCUUCACCAGGUCUCCGACAGCACUGCUGUCAAAGCUGCCGUGCGGAAGACGGCGUACCUGGGGGAAGGCACCUUCACAGGCAGCGCCAUCCACAGUGCCAUGCAGAUGUUUCAGGUCGCGCGGCCAGGUGGGAGAAAGGUGGCGGUGGUUGUGACCAAUGGAUUGGCAAACCGGCGGGACGCGGUGCAUCUGGAAGAGGCUGCAACAGAGGCGCAUGCAGCAGGGAUAGAGAUGUUCAUUAUUGGGGCAGGGAGCCGCAGUGACCCUCUGCAUGCAGAGUUUCGACGUGAGAUGAAUUUGAUAGCCUCUGACCCCGAUGAGGAGCAUGUCUACCUGAUCGAUGACUUCAUGUAUCUGCCAGCUUUGGAAAGUCAGUUCCUGAGUCGGAUCUGUGAGCUUAAGGAUAGUGUGAUACUAACCCCAGACAAGAAUAAACACUUCGCACUUAUGCCUGGGCCCAACAUACAGACACCAGACACAUCCCCCGAUGACAGUACCAUUCGUACAACAGUUAGAAAGCUCCCAAGGCCUGAUGGCAGUGCUGACAAUGCAGUUGAUGGGGAUGGGAAGAUGUCACAUCUUGAGGAGUCAAUUAAUGGGUUCCACGGUCUCACAGUAGCCUCAUCUGGGAGCAGGGAACAUGUCGGGUCCCCUGGCACACCUGUGAUGGCACCUCAUACUCCCCCAGACCGGCCAAUUGAUUUGGCAAGUGGGUCUUCCUCACAGAUUCUACCUCCGCCCUCCCAGCCUGAUCAAUCUGAAGUGGCUGUGGGCUGCAGGCAGCAGCUGGACCCCGGGCCAUGCAGACACUACCAGAUGAAGUGGUACUAUGACCCAGGGGCCAACGCCUGUGCCCGGUUCUGGUAUGGUGGCUGCCAAGGAAACAACAACCGCUUUGAAACAUACCACAGCUGCAAGAAGACUUGUGUGACUUCAUCAUUUUAAUGCAGUAGAUUGGCAAUUAUGUUAUAUUAACUUGAAUGCACUAUACAGAAAAACGAGCUAUUUAGUUCACUUUUAACAACAGAAUUCCAUGGUAAGGUAUAUAGCCUGGAGAUUUUGUUUCAUGGACUAAAAGCAAAAUCUCAUA